AUGAAAGGUUACAACAAGUAUGAUCACGAAGCAAAACUCACCUGCUAUCAACCCCCUUCGUCACCUCAACUACAUACUUAUUCAACCGACCAUACUGUAGUCACGCCGUCUAGCCAGUCCGCCUUUAAAGAAAAGACUCAACACAUAACCAAAGGUGCUACCCAGCUAAGCACACAACCUGUCGUCGAGAAACCGUUCAAGUGUACCGUACCCGGCUGUUCCAAAUCGUACAAGAAUCUAAAUGGAUUAAAGUAUCAUAACGAACAUGGGCAUCGCUCUGGUCUAUUGGAUAUCGAUGAGAAGAGGCCUGUGCUCAAGCCGUACAAGUGCGAAUUUCCUGACUGUGACAAAAGAUACAAAAACCCAAACGGAUUGAAGUACCAUUUAGAGCAUGCACAUCAGAGCUUUGUGCGAAGAGAUUAG